AUGCCAUAUGAUGAGUUUUCCGUCACCAAUGCAAGGAUUAAACCAAAACAACAACAGAUUGAAUUAGAAUUUUCUUUGGACACAAAUAGUCCUAAUUAUUCGAAAAGUAAAGGCGAACAAAUUGUGCUAAAUGUGGACGGAAUGAAUAAAUCUACUGGCUCAACAUUUACUGGUGAUGUAAUGAACAAACAAAUAUUAACAUCCAGCAACACAGCGCCCUCUGUGUCCAGGUAUGCUGCCGGUCUGUUGAAAGAUGGGGAGCUUCAUCUGACACCUUUACAUGGGAUUGUUCAAUUACGUCCUAGUUUCUCAUACUUGGAUAAAGCAGAUGUCAGAAUCAAACAAGAAAAAGCAAUGGAAAAUGAAGGGGAGUCUUCGCAGGAUGAGGUUGAGGAAGAAGCCAAACCAGUCAUGGUGAAAUUUGCCAGACCAGAAACAGAUCAAGCAAAGGCGAGACGAUUAGCUUCAUGGCAGUACUUACAACAGAAACAAUCACAAGAAAUGUGGGUUGAUCUCAAGUUUCAUCAUCUUGGGUCUGAACAUUCAGAAAAGGAGUAUGGCUACUUGUAUUCCCGUGGUAACGAUUUGGAUGUCACUGAAUUUAGUACAAGUUCAAAGGACUAUCUUGGUAUGCUGAUGCCAGAAGAAGAGACUUCAGAUAGGAAGAUGCCACAGAUGCCAAGUAACGUCUUGUCAAUGACCCAACUAAAAACUAUGCCACUAGCUGAUCAAGUGAGGGCACUGUUAGCAAGUGCUAAAGUGCUUCAGUUUUCCCAGCUAUUGACAUUGAUAUCCGGUCACUCUGAUGUCAUGGCAGUUUUGAGAUCUUUACAACAAGUAGCAGUCUUAGUACAAGGUUGUUGGGUUGUUAAAAGUGAUGUGUUGUACCCUAAAGAUACUAUAAGUGCUAAUAGUGGAGUAUCUGCUGAAAUAUUAUGCAGAGGCAGAGACUAUAUUAUGUGGAGAUUUACACAGAGUAGAUAUGUAGUGAGGAAGGAAGUGGCGGCAGUUACCAGACUUCCUUCUGAUGAUAUCAAAGAAUUCUUUGAACAGAUGUCCAGAAUGCAAGUAAACCAAGGCUGGCAGUUUAUACUGAAAUAUGAUCAGGAAUUCGUUGAGAAGUAUCCUGAAGUUGUACAAAGACAACUUAUGUUAUGGGAUGCUAAAUAUCAGCAACUUGCAAAAUCCUUGAAACUAAGCAAGACUGAGAUGGAGAAAUCCGACAAAAAAAACAAAAGUAAAGAGACUGUGCCAGGUGGACUUGGAGUAGAAGUGAUAAGUGGUAAAGAGAGAGUGAAGCAAGCCAGAAUGAAAGCAAAAAGUAGAGCAGAUUCAAACUCUCAUGCAGGAACUGAACCUGUUGCCAUGGAAACUGAAACAAACUCUGCAUCACAGAGUAACAAAAUGCACCAUGCGACUUCGAAUCACAUUGACCACAAUGGACCACAGUCUGAUGUGCCAUCCAAUCAGCUGCUGAGAACAGAAGUUACAAAUUUUGUGAGGGAAAAACUUUUACAGCAGUACAUUUUGACUAUAAGUGAAUUGCGACGAAUGUUAGUGAGUAAACUUGCUGAAUGUCCGCCAGGAAAUGUAUUGUCUUCAGGUGUGUCUGAUACUUUACUGGAGGAAUGUGCCUGUGAUAUCGGAGCGCAGUCACUUCAGUUACCUUGGCCUAAUAAUACGUCAGUUGAGGACAAAAGAAUCUUGGCAUUGGCUAAUCAUGGGGAUGCAUACGACCAGUAUCGCAGUGUCAUAAUAGACAUGUAUCAACAUAACUUUAAAUAUAGACGUAACCAAUUUACCGAAAAAUUUCAAGAGACUUUAAAAAUGGAGCCCAGCAGCAAGGCGGAGUUUGAUAAAAUUAUAAAGACCUGCUGUGUGAGUAGGGGUGCAUUUUGGUAUUUGAAAGGAACAGUUCAAGCAACAUAG